AACACGCGACACAUAUGGGGGUUGUUUACUAUCCGUCUAUUUUGGACAGAAUUAUCCCUGAUAGAACAGCGAGAUAGGACAGAGACGAUGCAGCUAGAGGUUGAGAGUCCCCGGCCGUACUUCUUCGGUGAUAUCGGAUGCUGGUCGGAGCGGACCGAGGUUCACAAGGCGGCAUCCGGCGGGGAGGUGACUCUCCUGCAGCGGCUCAUUCAGAACGGGGCGUCCGUCAAUAUUGUGGCCGUCGACUCUAUUACACCACUGCACGAAGCUGCCCUCCAGGGACAAGUGGAGUGUGUGCGCCUCCUGCUGGAUGCAGGUGCUCAGGUAGAUGCACGAAACACCGAUGGCAGCACACCUUUGUGUGAGGCGUGUGCUGCAGGCAGCUCUGACUGUGUACAGCUGCUGCUUGACCGGGGGGCAAAGGUCAACCCCGCCCUUACCUCACGCACCACCACACCUCUGAUGGAGGCGUGCAUCAGCGGCAAUGCUGCGUGUGUGAAGAUGGUGAUAGCCAAUGGCGCGUGUCUGGAGACCUUUGACUUGUACCACGGCACACCCCUGCAUGUUGCUUGUACCAACGCACACGUUGACUGUGCCAAAGCUAUACUCAAUGCAGGUGCUAAGGUGAACGCAGCACGGUUUCAUGACACAGCACUGCAUCACGCAGCCAGGCGUGGCAACGUCGAUCUGCUGGAGAUGCUGGUGCAGUUUGGGGCGAACUUGUAUGCCCGUGACAAACACAACCACCUCGCCAGCCACUACACCAAGCCUGGCACCGCCGCUCACAGCUGCAUGCUGCACUACGAGAGCGCUCCCCUUUCCCUGAUGCAGCAGUGUAGGAUCUGCGUGAGGAGAAUCUUGGGUACCAAGGCUCUGAAGGUGCUGCCCCAACUUGACAUCCCACCCCGUCUCAUCAACUACCUCGCCUUCCAAUGACACACACACACACAUACACACACACAUAAAAACAUACAUACAGGGAAAAACACAGACACAUUUGCUGUCAUGCUUUUAUCAGUGUCACAUUCUCAAAAGGACACGCACUCAGAUUCCAACACCAAACUCAUGUAAGUUCGCUCGUUGACCUGUAGGCACACUGAGACAUGCACACACUCACACACACACACACACACACACACAGACACACACACAUGCACAUAAACUGCUCACACUUCUGAACGCAGACAGAAAACGUUUGCUUUUGUCUGACUUACUUGUACUGAUACUUACUGUACUGACUUACGCCACUGUUCCCAUGUGGGGUAGAGACUCGUGCUGUUGCACAGACUCCUUUGGCUUUAUGCAUGCAUAUAGCGGCCACACACACACACACACACACACACACACACACAUACACACACACACACAGAGAGUUUACGUGAAAAGCACACAUAUGUAUCUGCAUAGAGAGAGUCCUUAACAUUAAACAUUCACUGAGUGCUCGAGUUUAUCAGUCAGUUGCACAUUGAUGCUGUUUUAAUCAAUACACUGAUCCUCAUAGAUCACACACACAUGCACAAGCCUCUACACAUGCACACAAACACACACACACACACACACAUAUACAUACAGGCAUGUAUGCACACACUGUUCAUGCAUGCACAUACUGUAUACCCACCUCUACACGCACACAUACACAUACCUUUACACACACACAUGCACACAAAAAUAAAUGUGCACACACAUGCAUCAUACACACCCCAACACAUACUGAUGAAAUGACAGGAAGUCUUUAAAAUGUUAUCUCAGGAGCUCUCACUGGUAGCGAUGAAGGGAUGAUAAAAUGAAGAGGUAAACACACCAAAGGAAAGGUGGAGAGUGAGAAAGAGAAAUGCGGGCAGCUGACAGGAAGUAUUCUGUCGUUACUAAGCACAAACAACACCGGCAACCGGCUCUCUAUGACAACAGGAGAACCUGGACACAACACAUCGCUAGGAUGACAGCAAGGAUAUAGGACAGGUCAUCAUCACACACACACACACACACACACACACACACACACACACACACACACACACAGAUGCCUGGUGAAGUUCUCCAGACAUGAGUGCAGAGGCUGUGUAUCUGCUGCUCUAGUAAGCGGAAAAACUUCAGUGGUUAUUUUAGGCCUACUGUUAUUCUUUGCCUUCAGAAAUGGAGUGGGCAUGAGAAGAGAUGCAUAUCAUCCUCUCUCUCAACCUCUAUUUCUCUCUCUCCUCAGCUCUGAAAAACAGUAGCUAUUUCAGUGGAUGAGAGAUACCCAAAAUAACUUUGUGGUUAAGAAUAACCCCCUCUCUUAGCUGGAACUGCUCAAAUCAUUUUUUCCAUGCUUUUUGAAAGGGAAUGCACUCACAUUAUAACACACACACACACACACACACACACACACACACACACACACAGUCAUUGACUUUAUCAAAAGGUUUUGUUCCCAUCAGUGGGAGUGUUGUUAUUAGAGUGCUCAAGUCGGGAUGGAGAGAUCCUAGAGGAGAGCGAGGAGGAGGAGGAGGAGGAGGGAAGGAUGGAAACAUAAAAGUGAAGAAACAGAGGGAUGGAUAAUAGGAUUGUGGCAGGAAUGAGAGGAAUGUCUCAGGGUUGUUUUUACUUUGCUCCGUGUGCGAUUCUUUUCCAAACUUGGCGCGUGGGACACCAGAGGCUGAGGUGGUUUGGAAGGGGUGAGUGACGUGUGUGUGAAAGGAGGUGUGUGUGUGUGUGUGUGUGUGUGUGUGUGUGUGUGUGAGGGGGGUGGGGGGUGUAUCUGGAAUCUGGCAUUCCAGGCCAGAGAGAGCCUGAGCACUAUGAACAUUCCGACCCAGCUACAGGUGGGCAGGUGGAAUGGCCGUCAGUGGUGGGGAUCAGAGGUCUUACAUGUGUGUCAGAUCAAUGUGUUAAACUGAUAUGACACACACACACACACACACACACACACACACAAAGCCAAGUUAGUGUGCAAUCAAGGGUGCUAUUCAACAUCUUUUCACCACAAGCAGUGCAUGGAGAUUUAAAUAGACGGUGCAGAUUAAAUCAGAAGCUACAGACUUGGGUGUGAAACAGACAUCCCAAUUAUUUUGUCCAUAUAAUGUAUUGUAUUAUAAUUGUAAAUGUCUCAUUGAAAUGAUGAUGAAUUUAUUUCAUUUAUUGAUGUUAAUUUAUGAUGGCUUUAGCCAAAUAAAAAUGCUGUAUAUCCA